AAUUAGCACUCUUAUCUAUUCGGUCUACUUUAUCAAAAUCUUAGUCGUUGACCAUUCGACAAUUUGAGAAUGAAAAGUUAAGACAUGUGGUCCCCUGUGUUAUUUUGCUUUGCUGCACUGAUUGCUAGUGCAUCAACCUUAGAUUACAGUCACUGCACAAAGAGGCAUGAAUAUAACGUGCUUUAUGAUCUUACAAGGCACAAUACGUGUAUGGACGUGAAAACAAUGUUCAACCUGAUUCAUGACAUUCAUCACGACGAAAAUAAGCCGUCAUGUCGGAGACACAUAAUUCGAGUUUUAGCAAGUCAUUUUGGUCCCAAUGCAACCACUCCAAACACAUGUAACUGUCACGGUAAACUGGAUCUAGUGCAAUAUCAUACACACGUUCAUGAUGGUACCGUGGAUCACAAGGACUCCUGUAUGAAGGACCAUGAUCCGUAUAGAAUUUUGUACAACCAGUUCUUCGAGUCAUCCCAUCACCAUGCAGGUCACUGCAGGACACAUGAUUCAGUUUGGUUUAAUCUUGACAGGAUUAAUCGGGACGGUGACGACCAUGACGGAUGUCAACAAGACUUCAUGUUUCAUCUCAGGUACUCUUUCGAACACCAUUCUGAUCACUGUAGAUGCGACGAGAUUCCAGUCACUUCAACGCACUCAACUACACUCUCUACAACGAAGCAAACGACAAGCCCUACAACACAUCCGACGACACGCCCUACAACACAUCCAACGACCAACCCAACAUCAAGUCUAACUACACAUCCUGCCGGACACCAUAUUUCUCACGAUAUUCUUUGUCUUAAUUUUGAUAGUUUUAGAAAACUGCUUCAUCUUGGGGCAGAAAAUGGCUGCUUGAGUGCAAAUUCAGUAUGGCACUACCUGCAUGACCUUCAAGUCAAAGAUCCUGAGUGUCGAAAGAUAAUACAAAAUUACCUCGUCACAAAAUACAAAAAUAACAACUCUAGCUCUCACGAUAGCGGAAUAUGUACAUGUCAUGAACAAACACCGCUUGUUGAUCAUAAAUUGUAUCAUUUGAGAAACGGAAGUCACGGUCUUUGUCAUAAAAACGAUGCCGCAUAUUCCAAUAUUGCAACCGAAUAUUUCUCGCACAUUCACGAACAUGGAUGCCAGAAUCAUGACAGCUUGUGGCAAAAACUUGGAGGAGUGAACAACCACUGUAGUUUGUACGACAACGGCUCUUGUACUCAAUGGAAAGACUGUCAAUUUGAACUUAUCAUUAGAGCUACUCUUCAGUACCCAACUGAUGAUUCGGACCCAUGCGUCUGUUCUAAAGGACUUGCGACUAAAACGUCAACAACUACGCCAUCCACAACUUCAUUUAUAUCCCAAACUGUCCCGACAUAUACAGCAACAUCAACACAGCGUGUGCUUCAGGCUCCAAAAAUCCAGUUUACUUGCGACAAAAUGAAAGUGAUCGAGAGUGUUGCAGGCUUGGUGGUAACAACACAUGUAAAUUCAAGUUAUUGCUUUCCACACACACAGAGUACUGAUGACGCAAUUCUUCUCUCGUGGUGUAACAUGACGUCACCCAGUUCUUGGAAAAAAGGAGCCAAUAUUAUGGUUGACUGUGAGUCAAGUUCUCCACGUAUACCAACAUAUAUCCCGAUAGCAACAUUUGAUGAGGAUAGGUACUUUGCCACCGGAGCUCAGUCUGGCAUAUUCCUCGGCUGUUCCGACGUUGGUAUCAAGAUGGUGAUUCAAAAAUGUAACGGUGUACCAGAAAUUGUUCACAUUGAUCACGGAACUUUCCAAAGUAAUCCAAGAAAUUAUUAUGUAAUUGUUACAAAUUGAUAAUUGAUGCAUGUGUCCUUUAAGACACUAGUAUCAGUUUUUCUGUUAAUUGAUUAAAAGAAAUGUACGUCAAAAUAAAGUUCAAUGAAUCAA